AUGUCCCAAUCUGUGAUACAUCUGGCCCAAAGAUACAGCUGCAACAGCUACAAGAACGGAAACGGCCACAACCACAGCCGGCAGUACAGGAAAGCGCGCGCGGAUGCUCGCAGCAGAAACGGGACAACUCGGCAAAAAUACUACUUGCUUACUGAACAGGAGGGAACAGCUCCAGGAGCAGCAGCGACAACACGAGCAGCAGCUUAUGUAGGAGGCAGCGAGCUGCUGAGGAUGUGGCAGGGACAGCACUCGUGGGUGGAGGACGAACACGGGUGGCUGCAAAAGCAAAUUACAGCAACAAGAGACUCGGAAACAGGACUUGCACGCGAAGAUGUGGGAGUGCUACGACAGCAACAUGUUCUGCAGAAGCAUCAGCAGCUAACACAGCCUGAUGCUGGCGCGGAAGACGAGCUGUUCUGCGAUAAUGAUGACGAGGGGGAAGAGCAACUGCAUCAACAGCAAUUCCAGCUUCAAAAGCAGCAAGCAAUUGAGAACCCGUUGAGUUCUGCCUCGAAAGGUGGCGGCUUGUUGGGAUUGUCGGCCUUGAACAAGCGAAUAAUCCGCGUUAAAGAUGAAAUCAGAAAGCGAGAGGGAACGCAUCUGCAGCAGCAGCGACAGCGGGAGCAAGAUCGAGGUGCCUUAAGCUGCUGCAACGCACUUUUUGCUGGGCAGCCACAAGAUUCCCGACGCAGUGAAGGGGGACCGAAGAGAGAACAGCAGGGGUCGUGGCAGCCAACAUCACAACAGAACGAGCAUCACCAGCAGCUGCAAGGUGAGGACGCCCGGGAGGUACUGCACUUGGCUCGUCUUGUUGAGGAACAUCAGAUACUUCGGGCUACGGAACAGGAACAGCUGCAACAGAUGAAGGUCACGCAGCAAGAGUGCAACCGAAUCAUCGUAGACAGAGCAUUUCUCAAGUGGGAGCUGCUAGAGGCAGCAAUGCAGCAAGACGACACGGCGCGGCAGCAGCAGCAUCAGCUUACGCUGCAGCUACUGCAGCAGUUUCUCGACAGACGCAGAAGUGAAACUAUCAAGCAGCAACCUGACCAGGAACCGACCCACCAGCAUCGCAUGCAAUCAGUGAGCCUGCAACGAGAACCAACAGCAACAAUUGUUGCUGCCGUUCAGCAGCGAGCCCUGUGGCCAUCGAUUGGCACCAACAAAAGCAAUACGAGAACAGUCUCACAAGUUUGCAGCAGCUCCGUAAGCAGCAACAGUUGCCACCGCAGCAGCAGCAGCAGUGCCAGCAGCAGCAGUUACAGAAGUGCUACGAACAGCAGAGGCAGCAGCGUGCCAAUGCUUUCGCGCGCGGUACAGGCAAGGGGCCGUCUCCAAGGCUCACAUACAUUCAAAAGUGGGGAGCUCCACACCCCUCGGCAUCACCACCGGUCGUUGCGGGCGGCUGCCGUUGCUGCCGCUGCCGCUGUUGCUGCCGCUGCUGCUGCCACAGUAGGUCACAAAGCUUCCACUAAAAGAGCGGGUCCCCCGCUUCUGGAAGAGUCUCAUAACAAAAAGCAUAUGAGGAACCGAUCAAACGCUAAUCAGGAGCGGAGCUACCUGCAGCAACAGUGCCAGCAGCAGGCACAGCAGCAGCGCCUUUUGACAGUGAAGAGAGAACAGCAUCACCACCAGCAGUAUUCGCAACAGAGGGCGCAGUUGUUGCAACAGCAGCAACAGAAGCGUGAGGGUACGCAACACAACGCGCUGCAGCACCCCCGUAAACUCACUCAAAAACAGCUACAACAAAGAACACAAGCCCUCAUGGCGGCCCGGCAAGCUCUCAGGAGAAAGAAGCAGGCCACCUUGUCUGGUGAAGGAAGCAGCAACAGUAGCAGCAACAGCAGCACCACAAUCUCAACCAACAACAGCAGCAGUAACAAGAUUGCCAAACAAUGGGAGGAAAGACUAGCACGGCAUCGGAAACACAUGCUCCAAUCCCUCCUGCCCAUCCGUGAGCAACCUGUGGCCGAAUGUCGUUUACCAAAUAACCCCGCUACCGUGGAGACGAAUUCAAAUUCCUGCAGCGCGAGAGCACCAGAACCUGAAGCAGCAACAACAGUCGGAAUUUCUGCCGCGGCAGCAUCAGCAACGGAGGCUGGAGACGCGGCAGAUGAUGAGACUGCUGUAUCAGCUAAGACGCAGAUGCGCUUUGGGGUUGCUGCACUGCAGUUAAGCACUGUGAGCACCAUAAAGGAGGCUCUGGGCCCCACAGCUCGGAACGUCUUCAUGGCAAUGCAGCGCCUCGACAUGCUGACGCGCCCUGCAGGUACACCUAUGCCAAAGCCACAGUUGCAGUACGUGCGAUCGAGUUGGGGUCCAACACCAAAACACAUCCAAGCCGAGGUCCUUCAGGUUGUUCAUACACGUUUGUGGAGUCGGCUACCUAUCUUCUUCUGCGUGCCUGAGGUUCGCCUGGCCGCAGUGGCCGAUGCCUGUCACCCAAUAAGUAAACUUACUUCCUUCACAGGAGAAAGAUUCACAAGGCCAGGAGAACGGAUUUGGGUCUUCGGCUCACCCUACCCCGUGGCAGUCUGGGUCGGAUCCCCGAUCAAGAAAGGCGAGUUUAAGAUCUUUGGGAUUCGAGCCGGGGAAUUUCUUACUCCUGCAGAAGGGGCCGAGGCGGCUAAGGCCCUGCAGCCAACGGGACAGUACGACAGCAUUAGGACUUGCGACAUUUACCCGGACGCCUCAGACGCCAGCGGGCAGUGGCAGCGCAAGGUAUGUGAUGCUCUUCGUCUGGCGGGUGUUAGCAGUGAUCCACGGGAGAAAGAGUUCAGCGCGAAGCGCUUUUCGCAUGGCUGCAGCGACUGCGGCACGGUACCAUUUGUGGCAGUCCCCUACAUGGGCUUAGAGUUCUCCUCUAUACGCAGAGCCUGCCCCCUUGCUUUUGUCCAGCAUACGGGGGAACGCCUGCUGAACUCUGAUUUGUUGAGGAGCCCGUGGACAAAGUGGCGCCGCCAGCGUGAAACUGUCUGUGUACACCAAGUGCUGGUAAACGGACUGCCGCUCUACCUUUACUCGAACAAUCCGCAGGAGUCUCUAACAACUGGGGAUGAGUUGUGUCUAAACAUGCUGAAGUUUCCCGGUUUCCUGACGGACACAUUUUUGGCGACAUUGGGUUUGAUAAAGAGGCGUCGCGCAAACGCAGAGAGCGUGCUAGAGAACCUACGGCUGCAGGGCUACACAUCUCCUCAGUGGCUACAGCGGUGUUUGCUACUGAGGUACCCCCUGAACUACGAAGAUAUAUGCUCUAGGGGUUCGAUGGAGACUGUUCGCCUGCUGGAGCUUGUUUCCAGGCACAACACUGAAGGGCCGCGCAGCGUUACGUUGGCCAGUCGCCUAGGCCUGACUAGCGGGCCCGGCAAUAGAGAGCCAUCCAGCAUUAACAUCUCCCCGCGCACGGGUCUAACGUGCUUUAUGCAGUGGCACGUAUCUCAUGACAGCUCAUUCAGAGAAGAAAUAGAAUCGCUUUUAGCAAGGGAAGCCUCUCUGCCCCUUUGCAGCUGCCCCAGCAGCAUUAAACUAAGACGGGUUGCGCUGCGGCUGCUGCAUCUUCCGGAGGCGUAUGCCAGUCUUCCACCCCACGAGCUGGGUCCUCUGCUCGAAAGCCACUGGGUCGUGGUAGAGGGCGCAGCUAAAGAGGCAGAAGGUGCAUGUGUUAUGCAGAGACUUCUGCGGGCACGGGACUGUUGUCGCCAGUGUUACAAAACACACCCUGUGGCGAAAGCCUUUCCUAGCAUGGGAUGGCGGUACAGAUAUCCCUUAGAGCGGGGAGAUGUGUCAAAUAACAAGCCAUAA